CUUCUGGCUGCAAGACUUUUCCUCUUCAGUCUUAGUCUUUGACCUCUUGGAGAUCUGGUCACUUCUCUCUGUUGCGUUGGACCAGCCUUUUGGGCAUCCGUUCCCUGCUUUUCUGGAUAGGCGAGUAGCAGUUCCUUCUAUGCGACUAGUCAGCCAGACACUUUGCAUUGGCCACCCACUGGCAUCCAGGGACAAUGGAGAUCUCUCUGGGCCAAUGGCUUCUCAUCCUGUUCCUGGUGGUGGUCCCCCUUCUUUACGAAUGGAGCACCACCUUCAAAUACUUCUGCAAGAUGGCAUUCUACAAUAGUUACAUCCUCUUCUUGGCUGUCAUUGUCAUCCCUGUCUGCGCACUCCGUGGACGCAAUGUGGAGAACAUGAAGAUAAUCCGAUUCAUGCUGCUGCAUGUGAAAUAUCUGUACGGGAUCAAGAUUGACGUGCGGGGGAUGGAGAGCUUCAACAUCAAGGAGCCUUAUGUGAUCGUCUCCAACCACCAGAGUUCACUAGACUUGCUUGGGAUGAUGGAGAUUCUUCCAGAUCGGUGUGUGCCAAUUGCCAAGAAGGAGCUGAUGUACAUGGGCACAGUGGGGUUGGCGUGCUGGCUGGGGGGCAUCAUCUUUAUUAACCGCAAGAAAACGGACGAUGCCAUCAGUGUCAUGUCGGAGGCUGCCCAAACAAUGUUGAGUGAGGAUGUUCGGGUCUGGGUGUUCCCAGAGGGUACCAGGAACCACAGUGGCUCCAUGCUUCCCUUCAAGCGGGGUGCCUUCCAUUUGGCUGUGCAAGCCCAGGUUCCGGUCAUCCCAGUUGUGAUUUCAUCGUAUCGAGAUUUCUACAGUAAGAAAGAAAGACGCUUUACUACAGGGCGCUGCACGGUCCAGAUCUUGCCUCCCAUGCCCACAAAAGGAUUCAGUGUUGACGACGUGCCGGCUCUGACAGAUCGGGUGCGCCAGGCCAUGCUCAUUGCCUUCGAAGGGCUCUCGGCAGAGCUGGGUGCCCCGCAGUGACCCCCCAUCCUCCUCCUUUUCCCUCCAACUUCCGGCCCUAGAGUGCUACAGGGUGGGACUGGGAGCAGCACACGCCCACAGGCGGCCACGGAGAUGGGGUCCGGAUGGAAGAGGGUGAUGCACCUACCCCAGUUGCAGAGGCAGGACCAGGAGCUAUGGACUGGGCAGCGCGAGGGGAGCAGCCACACUACAAUCAAGCAUGGCAGAGGAGGAGGAGGAAAUGAUGAUGGUGAUGAUGAUUGGUUUACACUAGUGGGGGUGGGUGGGGCUUGACUUGGUCACACACAAACACACAAGGAGCCACGUGAGCGGAGUUGGUCCCAGCCACGCCCGUUGCCAUCUUGAGUUUUGAACCAGAAUUCUAGCCUCAUCUCCCUUCCUGGUCUUCCUCCUCCCAUCCCAGAUCUGUCCUCUUGUGUAAGUGGAACGGUCCUUCCCAGCCUUCUCCUUGUUGCUGCCUCCUCCUCCUCCUCUCCCCCCGUUCCGCAUUUUGUCGGUGUGAACUGUUCCAUUUGAGCUUCUUGGACUCAACCACUCCACUCCCCGUCUUGGGGAAGGAUAUUAUGGAGCUGUUCGACAGGCACUGUACAAAAACUGAAGCACUCCUUGAAUCUUCAAAGAAGGAGCUGUGGACUGAGCUCAUCCUCAGCCUCUGGAGGAGAGGGAGGAGAUGAGACACAGAGGAAGGGGGGGUGGACAUCAGUGUUGGAGUCACUGUGAAUUUUGGAAUGUGAAGUCGAGCGAUGUCUCAAAUUGGCGACACCCCAGCCUUUCAACCCCAGGGGCAAGUAGCUGGGGGGACAUAAGGAAAGGGUGUCAUUGAGGGAUCUGCUCCAUGUUGCCAGUAGGGGUGGGAUGGGGAACACUGGACUUGGAAUGAAGCCCUCCAGCCGCCUUAAGAGGGGGAAAGCUUGGACUGAGCUACCCAAACCCCCUGAAGACGGGUGGUUUCUGGUGGGGUAUCCCUGAAGAUUGAAUGACUGAAGACUUUCAAUAUAAUCAUGGAAUUGCU